AUGAAGUACCACAUUGACGACAAUGAAUUUACUGGGGCUAUUCCGUCGUCAAUAUCCAAUGCAACAAGUCUAGUCUGGUUCCUUAUUGGAGCUAACCAUCUUACUGGACAAGUGCCCAAUAUGCAACAUCUUCAUAACCUCACUUUGUUCUCGGUCGAAUUCAAUCAUCUUGGAAGCGGUAAACAAGGCGACUUGAGGUUUGUCUCGGAGUUGACGAAUGCCACACAGUUAAGAUGGUUGGUUGCAGGCACGAACAAUUUCGGUGGAACAUCGCCCACAUCAAUAUCUAAUCUCUCAACCAGUCUUGAACUGCUCUGGGUUGAUCAAAACCAACUGCAUGGAAGCAUUCCAAAUGAUUUUGGAAAUCUUGUGAAUUUGCAAUUAUUCAUUUUGUCCAACAACUUCUUCACAGGUAGUAUACCCGCUGACAUUGGGAAGCUUUCAACUCUUGGGGAAUUGGAUCUUCACUCCAACAAAUUAUCAGGAAGCAUCCCAUCUUCUCUCGGAAAUUUAUCCUUGUUGUUGGCCAAUCUUCACUUGCAAGAAAAUAAUCUUAGUGGCAGCAUUUCUUUGAGUCUAGGGAAAUGCCACGGAUUGGUGCAAUUGGACCUUUCUCAAAAUAGCUUAAAUGGUACAAUACCCCAGCAACUACUUACUAACCUCCUCUCCUUAUCAAUUUCUCUCAACUUGUCCAGAAACCACUUUGUCGGUUCCCUUCCACUGGAGAUCUGCAAGUUGAGGAAUCUAGGAGCACUUGAUGUUUCUGACAACAUGUUAUCUGGAGUGAUUCCUAAUAGCCUCCGUGAUUGUGAGAUGUUGGAAGUGCUACACUUGCAAGGUAAUUUUUUCGACGGGCUCAUUCCUUCAUCUAUGAAGGACUUGAGAAGCCUUCGAGAUUUGGACAUGUCUCGAAACAAUUUUUCAGGACAUAUUCCACAGUUCUUCGGGGGCCUUAGAAACUUGCAGAAGCUGAACAUAUCCUUCAACCACUUAUGGGGGGAAGUACCAAUUGAAGGUGUUUUUAAGAAUGCAAGUGCAGCAUCAGUUGUUGGAAACACCGCAUUGUGCGGAGGUGUUGCAGAGCUUCCACUUCCUCGGUGCAGAUCUCAAGUGUUUAAACCAAGCGGUUUGUCUCAUACCAUGAAAAUAGUUGUGUCUUUGGUAUCUGGGAUUACUCUCUUGGUAAUUGCUAUGGUGUUGUUCUCUGUACUUCAUCGCAAGAAAACAAAAAAGUUGAGUACUUUGGAGAAUUCUGUUUUGCAAAUUUCAUAUGCAACUCUCCUAAAAGCAACCGAUGGAUUUUCUUCCACUAAUUUGAUUGGUGUGGGUGGUUUUGGUUCGGUGUACAAAGGAAUUCUCGAUCUGGAUAAAGUUGUCGCUGUUAAGGUACUCAAUAUGUUACACAGGGGAGCUUCAAAGAGUUUCAUAGCUGAAUGUGAAGCAUUGAGAAAUAUCAGACAUCGAAAUCUGGUCAAGAUUAUAACUGCAUGCUCGAGUGUUGAUUUUCAUGGAAAUGAUUUCAAGGCACUAGUUUAUGAAUUCAUGGAGAAUGGGAGCUUAGAAGACUGGUUGCAUUUUCAUCCAACCACUGGAAUUGAAGAAGGAAUGGAUGCACCCAAAACUUUAAGUUUUGUCCAGAGGCUUGAUAUCGCUAUCGAUUUGGCUUCCGCAUUGGACUAUUUACACGAUCAUUGUGAAACACCAAUAGUGCAUUGUGAUCUCAAACCAAGUAAUGUUCUUUUGGAUAGAGAGCUUACUGGACAUGUUUCCGACUUUGGACUGGCAAGAUUUCUGUCAAAAUUGAUAGAUAACAUUUCUGGAACUGAAUCAAGCUCCAUUGGAAUAAGAGGAACGGUCGGUUAUGCUGCUCCAGAGUACGGCAUGGGAAGUGAUGUGUCAACAUAUGGGGAUGUAUACAGCUUCGGCAUUCUCUUGUUAGAAAUGUUUACUGGGAAGAGACCCACUGAUCCUAUGUUCAGUGACGGCUUAAAUCUUCAUAACUUUGUGAAGAUGACUCUACCUGAACAUGUUGAAGAGAUUACAGAUCCACUACUUAAAGCUCACGACCAGACCAUCACAAGAAAACAUAAAAUUGACGAGUGCUUAAUUUUGCUAUUUGGAAUUGGAAUUGCUUGUUCCGCUGAAUCCCCAUCAAACCGGAAGGAUAUGAGUGAUGCCGUAACUGAAUUGCACUCUAUUAGGAACAAACUUCUUGGCUAG